AUGAACGGCAGGACACAUGAGCUACAUGAUAAAUGCAGGCUUAGUUGUAAGCCGAAUGCACUAGAAACUCUCGAUUUACUUGUUAUGAGAGAUGUUGAAACAGACGUUCCUUUUCAGUUAUAUAGUUAUAUCUUACAACUCAACUGCCGUCCUAUCGUAGGAGAGAAGGAAGCAUCAACCAUAAGUCAUAAUGUGAGUUUACCUCAUCAUAAACUUUUCUCAAUUUGA